AUGUCAGCGACAACCUUGUUCCUGCUUUGCGCACAAGCCUUUCUUUUUAAGACGAUCUCUGCGUAUUGCCCUAAUUCAGGUUGGUCAGCAGGCCUGCCCAUCGCUGAUGGUUUGGGAUGGUCCCCAGGUGGUCCAGGUUUUGCUUACGAAAAUUCAUUAGCUUCUGCUCCAUGUGCUGCUACUGUCCCAUUCCUAGGUGCAUGUGACCUUUUUGCGUCCCCAUCCUCAUAUGGCGGUGGUUUUGUUGUCUCAAGCGCGUCGCCAGUUUCACCGUAUGGAGUUUCCGUUAUAUCUGAAAACGCAAUCGAAGGUAUCCUGGCAGCCAGAGGUGAACUGCCAUUUUUGGGCACAGUUGGAUUAGAAGGUGUUUUGCCUAAUACUGGGGUUGGUGCUGUCUCGUAUGGUUGCGGCAAUGGAAAUGUAGGUAUUGUGAGCGAGAACACUUCACCUAAUGCUGCUGGAUUAGGUUGGCCAACAAAUGGAUUGAACUACGGUCCAGUAGCGUCCAAUGGUUUUGGAUACGGUACUGGAUGGGCUGGACCUGCUAAUGGAUGUGGUUGUGGUUCUAUUUAG